AUUUCCACCCCCCCUCGCCGCCCGCCCCUCACCCAAAUCUCAGCCCCCAACGUCUCUCUAGCAGCUCGCCUCCUCCCCCCCACCCGCACCCCAUCCGCGGCGAUCUAGGGUUUCGCCCCCCUCCGCCUGCGCCUGCGCCCGCGCCGCGAUGGACGCGCUCUCCCUCAUCGACGUCUCCGGCGAGGAGGACGACUUCCUCCUCGACCUCGCCUCGCCGCCGCAGCACCCCGACCCGCCCCCCCGCGCCGCCCCAGGGGUUUCGGUGGUGGCCGCCGUUUCGGAGCGGAACACCGUCGGAUCUCCUCCUCCUCCGGCGGUGGCGGCGGGCGGGCAGGUCGUGGAUCCCGCGGAGCAGGGCCCGGAGCGUGCGCAGUCCCCGAAGAAGACCAAGCCAAAGGGCGGCGUCAACCUCCGCAAGAGCCUCGCCUGGGACAAAGCCUUCUUCACCAGCGAAGGUGUUCUCGAUACUGAGGAAUUGGGCAUUGUGAACAGCACUUUCCGCAAGUCGCAGGGUUCUAGGCUGCUGCCAGGAAUAGCAGAGGAAAUGAGGAGGUCAAUGGAGUCCACCACCUCCUCGCUGGAAAGUGAAAGCUUUGUGCUGGAAAGCCUUGAGACUGAGCUGUUUGACAAUGUCCGUGCUUCGAUUCAGAGGACACUUGGGAAACCUGAUAAAGCUCCAGUUGUCCCAUCUGCUAGCUCAAAAACCCCUAGGGCCACAGCAAAGGCGCCUCCUGUCACAGCGAGAAAGGGAGUUGAUCGGAUACCUCAGACUCAGAGCAAGAUAAGGCCCCCUGCUUCAACAAGCAAUGGUUCUGUUGGUGGUAGCAAACAAAGGCCCCAAGUCACCCUGAAAGAGCCUGCAGCUGCAAGAGUGGCUGUAUCGAAAGCUGCAGAAGCAAAACCAUCCUCAAAACCUCCCAGAGCUCUGCCAAGAGUUGCUACAAUGAGAGCACCGACUACCACAGCUGUCACCUCUGGGAUUUCAGACAAAAGAAGUAGCACCGGAGGUGUAGUCAACAGGCAGGCAGUUGCCAAGUCUGCUAACAGUUCAGCCAGCGUGCCAUCUCGGCCUGGUGGGGGGACAAAGAACAACUCAACCUCAAAAUCUGGUGCUUUGUCCUCAGCAGCAAGUCCUUCCUUGCGUAGUGCUCCCAUGGCAGGUGGGAAAACAAAGUCACCGACCCUAAUCAGCAAGAACAGGACUGCCCAGAGGAUCCCUAUUCGUUCAUCAUCAAGAUCUGAUAUCAGCAAGGUUGAUCCAGCAAGGGCAUCAAGAAAUAAGAGUCACGGCGAGGGUGCAUCACCGACCAUUUCACCUAGCAGCUCCGUGGACAGCAUGAGUUCUGUGAUUUCUGGGGUUUCAACAGCAUCCACUGUAGGGAGAGCGAGUCAUACAUCUGAGACCUAUAGUACAAGGUCAUCUUCAUUGUCCCCUUCCACCAGAAAGAGCAAUGACCACCCUCCAACCACACUACGGAGGCCUGGUAUUGUUACAGAAGGACAGGCUUCAGGAGCAUUUGCUGAUAAUGUGAAAUCUAAUGUCGACACAUCAACCCAAGGAAAUGGUUUUAAACCAUCUGGUCUACGAAGGCCUACACCCAAGAUUGGAUAUUUUGAUGCCGAGAAAUCUGUUGAACAAAAAGCCGGUGCACGGGCACAACUGCAACCCACGAAGGUUCUGUUUUCACCGUUGGCCACACAGAACUCUUGGAUUCCUUCUACUCCGAAGACAAUCCCUGCAGCUCUUACCUUUGAGCAAGAAGAGCCAAAAUCUAGGGCAGCAGCACCUUCUCAAACCAAGGCGCCGCCUUCACUGCCUCUCAAAGUUGCACAAACUGAAGUAAAACCAUCAAAGGUGACAGAGCCUGAAGCUUCUCAAGCUAAGGUAUCAACUCCACUGCCUCUCAGAGUUGCACAAACUGGAGUAAAACAAUCAAAGGUGACCGAGCCUGAAGCUUCUCAAGACAAGGCAUCAACUCCACUGCCUCUCAGAGUUGCACAAACUGAAGUAAAACCAUCAGAGGUGACAGAGCAUGACGCUUCUCAAACUAAGGCAUCGGCUUCGCUGCCCAUCAGAGUUGCACAAGCUGAAGUAGACCCAUUGAAGGUGGCAGAACAUGAAGCUUCUCAAACUGAGGUAUUGCCUAUACUGUCUCCCAGAGUUGCACAGACUGAAGUAGAACCAGCAAAGGUGGCGGAGCAUGACUUUUUUGGAACAAAGGGGCCUUCAAUGCCUUUAAUUAGAGCUGCUCAAACUGAAAUAGAAACACCAAAGGUGUCAGAGCUUGAAGCACACGUGAAUGAGACUGGCUUGUUGCUCGCCCACAUGCAGGAGACUGGUCCAUUGGUAGUCGCCAUGGACAGUGCAGAGGAGGGCAUUCCAGCUCUGCAUCAGAAUGUCCAGGCCAAUGGUGAAGUAGAAUCAUCAAAGGUGUCUGAGCUUGAAGCACACGUGAAUGAGACUGGCUUGUUGCUCGCCAUGGAGAUUGCAGAGGAGGGCUUUCCAGCUUUGCAUGAGAAUGUCCAGGUUAAUGGUGAAGUAGAAUCAUCAAAGGUGUCGGAGCAUGAAGCACACAUGCAGGAGACUGGUCUGUUGGUCGCUAUGGACAUUACAGAUGAGGAGGGCAUUCCAGCUUUGCAUGAGAAUGUCCAGGCUAAUGGUGAAGUAGAAUCAUCAACAGUUGAGCUGUCAUCAUGUACCUCUGGUCAGCAAGCAUCAGAAACUACAGCAGCACCUUGCGAGGAGAGCAGUCCUUCACAAAUCAAGGUAUCACCUUCUCUGCCACUUGGAGUUGCAAAAAUGGAAGUAGACCCACUGGAGGUGACUGACCAUGAAGUAGAAACAUCGAAGGUGUCGGAGCAUGAAGCAUACAUGCUGGAGACUGGCCAAUUGGUCGCCAUGGACAUAGCAGAGGAGGGCAUUGCAGCUUUAAAUCAGAAUGUCCAGGCAAAUGGCGAUAUCAGUUCAUCAACUGUUGAGCUGUCAUCAGGUACCUCUGGUCAGCAACAAUCAGAAGCUACAGCAGCACCUUGCGAGGAUAACACUUCUUCUCAAACUGAGGUAUCAUCUUCACUGCCUCUUGGAGUUGCAAAAGUGGAAGUAGAACCAGUGGAGGUGAUUGAGCAUGAAGCUUGCACGCCCCAGGCGGGCCCAGUGUUGGCAGCCAUGGAUAUUGCAAAGGAGAACAUUCCAGCCAUGGAUACCGCAAAAGAGAACGUCCAGCCUGGUGGUUAUUCGAGUCCACUAAAGGAGAACAUUCUGGCUCCGCAUCAAAAUAUCCAGCCUGAAGAGCAUAUGACUCCUGUAAAGGGAAGCAUUCUGGCCUCACAUACAAAUGCGCAGGCUAUAGGGGAGAUGACUCCAAUGACACUCUUGAGCCAGAAGCUGUCCUCCAUUUCUCUAGGACAAGCUAAUGGGGAGGCGACUCCAUUGGCCCAGAAGCUGUCCUCCAUUUCUCAAGGACAAGCUAAUGGGGAGGCGACUCCAUUGACCCAGAAGGCGCCCUCCAUUUCUCAAGGACAAUCUAAUGGGGACGCGACUCCAUUGACCCUAUUGGCGCAGAAGCUCUCCUCCAUUUCUCUUGGCGAUGUCACCGACUAGGUGCCUUGUUCUGCCAGAGGAACUGAGUUUUGGAAUCGUAUGCUGCUGGUUGAUUUAUGAUUACAUCCUUGUUAUCCAGAAGGCAACCACAGCUGAAGUUAGUACAAAAGGCUGUCCUACAUUUUCUUUUGUUUCCUUUUAGCUGUUCAAAGAGUGAGUGCUACGAGUGUAGUAAAAAACGCAGGACAUGGUGGAAAACUGUGGUAUUCUGUUGUCCCCAAAGCACUUGAUCCUGUUAUGUCAAUUGCAGAUUUGCGAGUAAAAGCGUAUAAAUAUGAUUUCGCUCUCAGUUACUGUUUGUAGUAUUCCUACUGAGUAUUAACAGGCAUAGCAUGUUUCAUCA